CGGCGAGAAGUGGGCGUGAUGUUGGACGUCGAGCGUAAUGGCGCUUGUGCGACUGAGUCUGAUGUGGGGGCACUAGUGAGAGCUGGUCGGACUUCUGACAUAUGACUGACGGAAUGAAGAUGAAGGUGGUGGUGUUUCUGUCUGUGUGCCUGACCCUCAGUGCUGCCCACCUGCACGCAUCUGCCAAUCAUCCCGACGAUGGACACUAUACGAACGACGAGCACAAUGCCGACUAUGACAAGAAGAUGUUCCUGGGAGGAGAGGAAGAAGCAGACGAAUUUGCAGAGCUGAGUCCAGAAGAACAACAGAAAAGACUGAAAUCUAUCAUUCGGAAAAUUGACGUGGAUGCAGAUGGAUACCUGACAUUGGAUGAGCUGAGCUCAUGGAUUCAGAAGUCCUUUAAGCAUUAUGUUUUAGAAGACACCAAGGAGCAGUUUGCAGAGGUUGACUUGGAUAAGGACGGCACCGUAACCUGGGAGGAGUACAACCUGCACAUGUACGACCGCAUCAUCGACUACUCUGAAGAUACUGUUCUUGAAGAUGACGAGGAAGAGUCUUUCCGCCUGAUCCACUUGAAGGACAAGAAGCGAUUUGAACGUGCCGAUCAGGAUAACGAUUCGGGGCUGAAUUUACAUGAGUUUACAGACUUUGAACACCCUGAGGAAACAGAUUAUAUGGCGGAAUUUGUCAUUGAAGGAGCCUUGGAAGAACAUGACAAGGACGGGGAUGGAUUUGUUAGCUUAGAUGAAUAUCUCGGUGAAUACUCACAAGAUCCAGAAGCUGUUGAAGAUCCACAAUGGCUGAUCGUUGAAAAAGACCGGUUUGAAAACGACUAUGACAAGGAUGGUGAUGGCAAGCUCAACCCUACAGAACUGCUGUCCUGGAUUGUCCCAAACAAUGUUGGGGUGUCACAGGAAGAGGCGAACCACUUGAUCGACUCCAUUGACAAUGAUGGUGAUGGGAAACUUUCAGAAGCUGAAAUUCUACAGAACAGAGACAUCUUCCUAACCAGCGAAGCCACGGACUAUGGCCGACAGCUCCAAGACGAGCACUUCUACCACGAUGAACUCUAGUUUACCUCUUAAUUUAUAGCACAUCCUGGCAUUUUUAUUUUCUGAUCACUGGGGACACAAUACAGUUUGUAGAUUUCCAUUAACAAAAGUCUCUAAAGUUUUAGAGAAACAUUUCCAUUCCAGAGCAAAGAAAUUCCUAGCUCCUCCAGUCUGUGCAGGCGAUGUCUUCUAAUGACAGGACCAACUCUCCACAGGAACAAGGAGGUCCAGUCCUGUAACCUGAUGGAGGCCACUGCUUAGGAGUUUCCCAUUAAAGUAUAACAGUGGCUAUAAAGUUUUAUUUUUUUAUUAGAAUUAUUAUUAAUAUCUCUUCUAAUGGGUUUCUGGGCUUUAUAUAUUGAUGACAUAUCCUCAAUUUAGGUCAUCAGUAUCUGAUAGGUGGGGGUACGACUCCCAGCACCCUUGCCAAGUAGCUGUUGGAAUGAGCUGUGGUCUCUCCUUUGCCUGUGACUUCACGUCCGUCAGUCAUGUGACCUUUGUGGAGCUCAGUCUAAACUGCAAUACCAAGCACGACCACUGCACAAUGUACGGCACUGUUGUUGGUAUAUAAUGAAGAGUCUGCAGUGUUGAGCCAAGUGCUGUGGCCCAGUGAAUCAGAUGAGGACCUCACCGACCUGAGGAUAGGUCAUCACUAUUUAAGUCUUGGGCAACCCCUUUAAAGGAAUUGUCAGGUUUUUCUGAUAUUGAUUACCUGUCCUCGGGUCUCAGGAUAGGCCAUCAAUA